UUCUCUCAUCUUCUUCUUCUUUCUGUGUCAUCCUCAUAAGAGCCCUUCUCAACAAUGAGUUCUGAAGCUGAGCAAUAUCCCAUGGCCGCCGCCGCCACAUUCACCUUCUUGUUCUUCUCCUUCACGGUCCUCUUCUCCUUCUUCUCCUUCCUCGUCUUCCUCUUUAGAAUGAAGCCCUGGUGUAACUGCCACACUUGCCGAACCUACUUGACCAUGAGCUGGACCAAACAGUUCAACAAUCUCGCUGAUUGGUAUACUCACCUUCUUCGGAAAUCACCCACUGCCACCAUCCACAUGCAUGUUCUCGGGAACAUCAUAACCGCCGAUCCCGAGAACGUCGAGCACAUCCUCAAGACCCGAUUCGAUAACUACCCGAAAGGCAAGCAGUUUUCCACCCUCCUCGGCGAUCUCUUGGGCCGCGGAAUCUUCAACGUUGACGGUGAAGCCUGGAGGUUCCAACGCAAAAUGGCGAGCCUUGAGCUCGGAAGCGUCGCGAUUCGGUCCUACGCGCUGGAGGUUGUUACAGACGAGAUCCGAUCGAGGUUGAUUCCCAUCUUCAGUCAAAUCGACAGAGUUUUCGACUUACAAGACAUAUUUCGUCGGUUCUCCUUCGACAACAUUUGCAUAUUCUCGUUCGGGUUGGACCCGGGUUGUCUCAGACCGUCCCUUCCCGUCUCCGACCUCGCGGUGGCGUUCGACGAUGCAUCGAAGCUGUCGGCGGAGAGAGCGAUGAUGGCGUCGCCGAUAAUAUGGAAGAUGAAAAGGCUUUUCAACAUAGGAUCUGAGAAGAAAUUGAAGGAAGCAAUCAAAGUGGUGAGUGAUUUAGCGGAGGGGAUGAUAAAGCAGAGACGCGAGACGGGUCAUUCGACGAGCAAAGACCUCCUCUCGAGGUUCAUGAGCUCGGUCAACGACGAUAAGUACCUAAGGGACGUCGUAGUAAGUUUUCUUUUGGCGGGUCGUGACACAGUAGCCGCUUCGUUGACCUGCUUUUUUUGGUUGUUGUCCAAAAAUCCCCAAGUGGAAUCUCUAAUCCGGGAAGAGUUGGACCGGGUUAUGGAACCGGCCCAGGAAGUUGCGCGGUUUGACCAAUUGCGGGACAUGCAUUACCUGAACGCCGCGGUUCACGAGAGCAUGAGGCUAUACCCGCCGGUUCAGUUCGACUCAAAGUUCGCGCUGCAGGACGACGUGUUGCCGGACGGUACGUUUGUGAGGAAGGGCACCAGAGUUACGUACCAUCCAUACGCAAUGGGUCGGAUGGAGCGGAUAUGGGGCCCCGAUUGUCUUGAGUUCAAGCCAGAGAGGUGGUUGAGAGACGGCGUCUUCGUGGCUGAGUGCCCAUUCAAGUACCCGGUUUUCCAGGCCGGAGCACGGAUUUGUUUGGGGAAGGAGUUGGCUCUGGUGGAGACGAAGUCUGUGAUAGCAGCGUUGGUCCGAAGGUUUGAUAUCCGGGUCGUGAAAGCAGAGUCAGAGCCUCGGUUCAUGCCGGGUCUCACAGCCACCGUGAGAGGCGGCAUGCCGGUUCAAGUGAGUGAAAGAAGACGGUGAUUUGGCAGUGAUGAUCUCAAUUAAAUGUUGAGGAGAGAGACGGAUUUGCAGGAACUGGAUUGAUCAACUACAGUGAAAAGUUAGUUAGUUUAGUUCAAUUCAAGUGAACUAACACAUGGUGCGUAGGUGUGAGAGUUAAUGAGGAGCCGAGGAAACUAAAUAAUGUAAAUAAUUAGUCUCGUCGUAGAAAUGAAACCUUUUCGAUUUUGAGA